AUGCUGAACGACGCGGAACGAAGCGCCAUGGGCGCAGCAGACGCUGUGAAGCAACUAUUGGACGCUCUGCGAGGGCAUCUCAAAGAGGUGACGAGCAACACAUUGGCGCACGUGGAGGUGGAGCGAGAUGCUGCCACGCGCCUGCAGGGCGCAGCAAUGGAGGCAGCUAACAGAGGAAUGAGGUUCAUCAAUGCAUGCAUGAGGAUGAAUGAAGAAUUGCAGCAACUGCCACACCUCAAUGCACAAGUCAAGGAGUUGAGCCGCAAAGUGGAUGAAUUCGACCGGCAGUCGACCGCCUAUCCGUUCACGGAGAUCGAGGCGAAGUGGCAGGCGCAGUGGGAGGAGAAGGCGACGUUCCGCACGCCGGAUGACGUGGACACGAGCAAACCCAAAUACUACGUCCUCGACAUGUUCCCCUACCCCAGCGGCGCAGGGCUGCACGUGGGGCACCCCGAGAGCUACACAGCGUCGGACAUAGUGGCGCGGUACAAGCACGGCGCAGGGCUGCACGUGGGGCACCCGGAGGGCUACACAGCAACGGACAUAGUGGCGCGGUACAAGCGCAUGCGGGGCUUUAACGUGCUGCACCCCAUGGGGUGGGACGCCUUUGGUCUGCCCGCCGAGCAGUACGCUAUUGAGACCGGCACACAUCCACGGGUGACAACGGAGCGCAACAUUGGACGGUUCAGAUCGCAGCUAAAGGCGCUGGGAUUCUUGUAUGACUGGCAGUGCGAGGUGGCGACCACAGACCCAACCCGACUACUACAGCUGGACACAGUGGAACUCAUUUGA